AAGGGACCAGGCAAGACUGUUCUUGGGUGGGGCACAGUGCCCUUUUCUGUCCCCAAAGAGCCCUUUUGGGGGGGGGCGUGGGCCCAGGCCAAGGAGGGGCCAGGCAGCAUGAAGCGGUCCCACCAGAGUGCCUACCAUUGACACUCUUUGCAGCCGUGGCUUUCCUGCCACCCAGUCUGUCAUGCAGAUCGGACUGGUCAACUGGACCGGGGGCUACCUGACCGGCGAAUCCUACAGCGAUGGCGUGAAUGUCUUGGGGAGCUCCCUGGGAAGGAAGCAGACCUGGGAGCUGGAGGUGGUGGCAGCAGAAGGGAAGCAGACCCGGGUGGCCUUGAUUGGGCAUCAAGGACAGCGCCUUCUGGUGGAUGCCGACGGCACCGUCCGGUGUGGAAGGCCCGCGUCGGACCAUCUGAGCCACCUCCUGCUGGAGGUGCACCCCAGCGGGGCCUGGACUCUCCAGCAGCCUGACAGCAAGAAAUACUUGGAGUCAGACGGAGAGGACGUCUUCUGUGUCUCCCGAGGCCUUUCCUCCCACCAGAGGUGGAUGCCCCAGCUGGCCGUCCACGCCCACGUGGUGCUCUUUCAUCCCAGCAGCCGGCGCUAUGCUCGGGCCGACCCAGAUCUUAAUCGGGUCUGGGUGGAUGCCUCGGUGCCUCACCUGGAGGAGUGCAGCUUCGUCCUGCGCUUCUGGAGCGGCGCCUGCCACCUGGAGACCUCCAACCACCUGUUCGUCUCCCGGUCAGAGACGCUGGCUGAGAAGCCCUCGGCAGAGACCGCCUUCCAGCUGACCUUGAGGCCAGGCUGCCUGGUGGUCCUGGCGGACCGGGGCGGGCGCGUCCUCUACCCGCAGGGCGGCCGGGGGCUCCUCUGCCUUGGGGACAGCCCGGAAGAUCACGAGGAGUGGUUUGUCAUCAAGAGGUGUCCGCAGUGGGUCACCCUGAAGACGAGAGCCAAGAGAUACGCUAGCGUCUUGGGAGACGCUCAGGUCUAUGCCGGUUCCAAAAAGGCAACCCCAACAUCUCCCUUCCUCUUUGAAGUUGGCCCAGAUGCCCAAACAGUGCAGCUGAAAGGUGUCCACCACAGGUAUCUGGCUCAGAGGCAGGGCAAGCGUGUGGCCGCUGACGGCUCCCGGGAAGAGCCAGAGACCAGGUUCCAGGUCUCGUGGCAUUAUGGGAGCAUCGUCCUGCGAGCUCUGAACGGCUGCUACCUGGGCACUCUUCCUGUGGGGCUGGUGGUGGCCCGAGCAGAGCACCCAGGGCCCAACGAGGCGUUUGAGGUGCACCUGGCCAACCGCGCCUUCCUGGUGCUGCGUGGUCAAUACGGCUACGUGGGGAGCCCGGCCGGCCACGAGAUCUUGCAGUGCAACGUCCUGGAGCCAGACUGCGUGGAGCUGCUGCCGUGCCAGCGUGGUGUUUACCAUUUCCAAAGCCGAGGGAAGGGCUUUUGGUCCCUGACCCCCGAGAGGACCCUCAAGGCAGGGGGAGUCGUGGCCUUGAACUUCUGCCUGGAGAUCCGAGGGAACCACCGGCUGGCCGUCCUGGCGCCCAACGGCUACUACCUGCGCGGGGACCGGGAGGGACCCCUCCUGGCGGACAGUGAGGAGGUGACCGCAGAGUGCCUCUGGGAGAUCUAGGAGGCCCA